AUGGAAACAUGGAACAAUAUUGCUGGAAACGAAAUAUGGAUGAUGACAUCCAAUAGCCGUUAUCCAAACAAACCUGACACCACAGUGAAGCUGGCCAGUCUCGAGUCUCCACGAAGUGGUAAUAAUUUGCCUGAUAGUUAUGGACUUCGAAUGACCACAUACUAUAAGGUAAGAAAAAAGUUAGAUAAUACUCUUAGUUUUAGUGAGCCAAAUAUUACAUAUUUACACUGGACCAAUAUUGUAUGUGACUUUCAAUUCUGUAACCCAGUUUCGAUUCUGAUAAUAUGCAGUUGCCUGAUUAUAAUUUGGCCUCAGUCGCACGUGAGAAUUAAGAGUGUUUUCCAGUUUGAAACUGCGGUUACUUUCUCUGGUAAUACUGGACCAAUAAGUUAUGACUCUUACUGCUGGUGGAACAGAGCAUAUGCCUGUCAGGGCAGAGCAUAUGCCUGUCAUGUCUGCGACUGAUCUCGAAUUUUAUAAUGUACGAUUUUCUCAGUUGCCUGCAUGCAUGUGAGAAGAAUGCUUCCAUUUAGAGUGGACUCUACCAAACACCAUGCAUUAUCUCCAGAUACUCAGAUUUUCUGUCUGUAGUAACACUGAAUCAGUAAGAGAUGAUCUUUACCGGACCACUUGGAGGAACAGUUUAUAAGUGGUAGAUCUGUCCAGUACAAAUAAAAUUCAUUUAGUCUUUGCCAGCCCGACGAUUUAGUCCCGCUAUGCAAAUAUUUUCAUGUUCAUUGACUGUGAAAAAAAUCAAUUUCUAAAGAAAUGAAUAAUGAUAAUAAUUUUGAAUUUGCAUAGCGGAACUAAAUUGUCGGGCUGACUACGCCACUGGUAACACUGGAUCAUUGAGUGUUAGCACUUACUAGACCAAAAUGAAGAACAAUCUACAAGUGAUAGAACUAUAUCAAGGAUAAAUAAGAUAAAUAUAGUUAGAUAAGUUUAACAUGACAUUCUUGGUUAAACUUUAUUUUUAGGCUCCCGAGACUGGAGCAUAUACAUUCUAUGUAUCUGGUGAUGAUCAGUGUCAGUUGUCUAUUGGUACGGACGAAAAUCCAGAUAAUCUGAAGUUAUAUGUAUUGUUUCCACGUGGAUUGUGGACCAAUGUUAACCAAUUUGACAAGUACGUUAUUCCAUAACACUAGAAAAUACUUGCAUGCAGAAACCCUCGCCUUGUUGACAUGGUAACACGAUAAUUUUAAGAAUAGUUUUAAAAUUGAAAAAUCCCCCCAAAAUAUCACUUUUAAUUACAAAAUGAUCAAUUUCCCAAACAUAUAUAUGCUAGGUACUGUAUGUUAUUAUACGUAAUAUAAGCUAAUGUAAAAAUCAACCACAAACGCUUCACAAAACGUUUCAAAAUGUUCUUAAAACUAAACUGCCUUUUAUCGAUAAACAUUGAGUUUCAAAAUCGAAAUAAAUUGAUUUCAAAUUCUUGCAUGAAAAUAACUUUGCUUUCCACUUUAUUUAAAUAUUUUAAUAUACAAAAAAAGGGUAAUUAAUAAAAAUACACUCAAAUUAUAUGCUGUCUUUUUUCACUUAUAUACGCAACCAUCGUAUCAGUUUUUAAAGCAAUUAUAAAGCAAACAAUAUAUUAUAUUAAAAACAAACUUUAAUACCUUCAUUAACGUCGGCGACUUUCGGUUUUUGGCUCUUAAAAAUGUUUUGAAAUUUGCAAAAUCUUGCAAAAAUACAAUAUAUUUGCUGAUUUGCGAGAAAUGUUCGUUAUUUUCGCUGUCGUCAUUUGUCAUCAAAUCAAUCACAACAACAAAUUUUAAAUUUGACCAAUCAGUGUUCGCUAUUCAUGACAGUCCGCCACAUAUUUUGAGAUCAGUGAGGAUGACCACCCACUCAACACCGUUGGUGGCCCAACAGGCCCACGCCUGCGAUAAUUGAUGUACUUUAGGCUUCGCUAAUGCUUUCGUUUCCCCCGAUAUAAAUAGCUGGGCGGAAUUAGUACCCUCGCCCCGGGCUUACAGCCGGAACGGUGCUCCGCGCCGUUGGCUCCGGGGGAUAAGACACGACUAUUAUCUUGACCGAAUACAUAUAGUGGCUUUUGUGUCGAUCCCUGUAGAAUACCCCAUAAAAGCUAUUAGGAAGCUUACCUUCAAUAAGAAAGGGUAUAGCCUAUAACCUAAAUUAUAUGUUCUUUUUCAAUGCGAUACGUAUAUAUGUCGACCAAUGUAUAUAAUUUCAAACAAUUUAGCUUGAGUUAACAUGAUCAGGAUCACAUACAGAACUAUCUCCUAAUAAUAUACGAUUUAAGAACGAGAUAAGCUAUAUGUUUAUAAUGUUUUUACUUAACUUCCAUGGGUAUAGAGAGAAUUGUAAAGUUAAUUGAAUUGAAUACAAAUUAUUAAUAUACAGUAUCUUGUUCAUUUAUAAAGAAACUCUGCUCGGCAAACCACAAGUCCGAUACAACUGCAAAAAGGCAGAGUGUACUUCAUCGAAGCCUUGAUGAAAGAUACAGGAGGUCCUGAUCAUAUUAUUGUCAGAGUCAAACUACCAAGUGGAAUUAUUCAAACACCUGUCUCAAAAGACGAUCUCUAUACUUCUCCACCAGGUAAAACCAAAAUCAUUUUGUGUGUGAUUUUUAAUUAAUCCAAAUAAAGAGUCCUCGAAAUUUUCCCGCAGGUGAAACUGUAAUUCUAUAAGUUGGCUGAAACGAUAAGUUGGCCGCCACACUUUUGGAUGUGUUAGUUCCCUAGUCAAAGGCGCGCAUGAUCAGGCUUUGAGUACUGUUUACAACAUGAGCGGCCGUGUUGUAUCGGAUAUAAGAUAUAAAAUAAUUUAAAUAUUUUAAAGUUAUCUAGCAAGCAAAGGAUGUUGAAUACAUAUCGGGAUUUUGAGCAUCUCGUUAUGGAUAGAACUAAUAGUAGAUUGGUUUUUGUAAAUGGAACGCUGCUAAUGCUGUUGUAGAUAGUUGCGAAACUGAUUCUGGUUAGGUACCACUGAUAUCUUAUUACUAUCUUAAUUUCAUUAAUUUAGCUGACGCUGUUCCCACUCCGCCUUCACCCUACGGUAAGAAUUUUUAUCUUCACUUUGUUUCCUACAAUCCUAACAUAACUGGGGUGUACGUUGAUGACGAAGUAGUUAAUGUAUGUGCCCUUCAACUUAGCAAUUAAGGUGCGAUUUUGCAGUUGUCUAAUUGCAAUUUCUCCUUGGUCACACGUGAGAACAGCCCUUCUGGUUAUCUGGUUUCCUACUGCAAAAACACUGGGGCAAUAAAGCAAGCCCCUUACUGGAUUUAUACAAGUCCCUUACUGGAUCUCUAGUUUAGAACUGAUAGGGCUAUCUAGCAUAAAGCUAGUUUUGUUAGAUUACCUUCAAUAUAGUUACGCCUAACCAAUUCGUGAUAGACAGAAAAAUAUGGCUAUCCAGUUAAAUAAAGUUAGUUAAUUUAGGUUUUCUCCUCGCCGCAUUCUCCAAGAAUGACACUUGCUCUCAGCAAACAAAUUAUCACUUGUCAACUUGACUAUUUUUAUUUAUCCAAUAGAAAACGGGGCAAUUAUGGAUAUCUGGAGAAAUAUUGGCCGUAGUGAUCUUGCACCGCUUCUAGCUGAUCCACGUUAUCCAGCAAAACCUUAUACUUCGAAUAAGAUGCCAGGAUUGGUUUCGCCUGCGAAUAUUGGGGAUAAUUAUGGGUUGCGAUUUAAAACCUUCUACGUAGUAAGUUCCCAGAAAUUAAGGAUAAGUAUUACUAAGUAUAUGGUUAGUCAAGUCCGUAAUGUAAACAAACGGUUUGUUUACAUUACAUUACAACUACUGUAUUUCUUUUUUAAAAUGUGAUAUACUGUCUGAAUAUCUAACACUAUUUUGGUUCGCUAUGCUUUUAAAUGAAUAUGAAAUAGAGUUUAUGUUCAGAAAAAUUCGAAACAUUCGAAAUUUGGGCAAUUUUCACAUUAGAGGUCCUCACAUUGUUAUGAGCAGGACCGAUGCGCAGAGCGGACUUGACUUCCACUUUAAGGUUAUGGCAAGGUUAACGGCAGUUGUAUUAUGGAAGCUGAAGUCUAUUAAGGAGAUAAGGGAAAUCCAUGACUUCACAUUUAGUUAAGGGGAUUUUACGAUCGACAUGUAUCCUUUGGUAUAUUUGGCCCGUUUUUCUGUAUUUUCCCUUGCCUAGUUGUGGCAAAGUUUUGGCCUUGUUAACCCGUUCGCCCUUACACCAACCAUGCAAGGCGUCAGUACUAGGCUUUUGACGAAGUAUACCAUGGCUCAAAAGUUCUCUAUUUCUUCAUGUACCGGCAGUUCAAACACAUGUAUAAAACACCCACACUGGACAUAUAUUUUGUUAAUUUUUUCUAGGCUCCUGAAACUGGAUCUUAUACAUUCUACGGUGCUGGGGAUGACCAGUGUAGGCUUUCAAUAAGUUCAGAUGACAAUCCUAAAAACCUGAAUCAAAUUCUUCAGUUUAAGAAAGGUCUUUGGACCAAUCGUGAUGAAUGGGAGAAGUAAGAAACACUGCAGUAUAUUAAAUUUUAUUAUCAAUUCUAUACAAAGCUCCGGUCAAAUGAGGAUGAGACAUGAUGACAGAUACCAAGAUGAUCGCCAACUAUCAUCGACUCUCGUGCACACUAUCACCUAUUACCGACUUUGAGCUGGUUCAAAUUUUUAUGUGUUCAAGUUUUUGCUCGGUAAUAUCAAGCCAACGUUCAUCAACUCUUAUGCAACUCUUGUUCUCGUUUGACCUGUUGACCACCAGGACUAUAAUUACUAUCUCACAUUUUCAUUCCACAAUGUCUCAGAACGUCUCGUCUUUAUUUUGUUCUUGUUCUUAACUUCUUCAUGCUGUUUCAGUCGUUCUUCUUUCACCUUUUCUGCAUUGUUUACCAGCCCAUUUUUGAUAUCUUUGUUCGACAAUAACUCUGACCAGCUGUCUUCCAACCCUAUUACGUGUUCUUGUGAUAUCUUCAUUCCUUAUCUUGACCAUCAGCAAAACACCUAUAGGAUCCAUCUCGACCAUGUGAAUGUAUCUCUGUCCUUCUUUGCAUGUUUUGUUCUUGAACCGAUUAAUAAUUUUGAAAAAUAGUUGAACUAUGUAUACUGUUACCUUUACACAGAGAUCCGUCUCAAACGUCUUCUCCAGUCCAGUUGGAGAAAGGAAAAAUUUAUUACAUGGAAGCACUGUUGAAAGAGGGAGGUGGCGGUGACCAUAUUGCUGUCGGAGUAAAACUGCCUAGUGGUUCUCUGCAAAGACCCAUCUCGCAGGGGGACAUCUAUAUCAGACCACCAGGUAUAAUAUGUGGCAUAUAAAGGUGGUGUGACAAAUGAAUGCAGUGUAGAAAUGAAACGGUAGCUUAUGCCGGGGACUUGCCAUAGGGUUGUUUCUCCUUCGUGAAGGUAAAGGAAGAUAGGUAGUUGGGUAGAGAAAAGAUCUGGUUCAUGCAAUAUGCAUGAUAUCGUUUAUCAUGAUGUCAUCAUGAUCAUUUAUAUAUAGGGUUUUAGUUGCAGCUGUAAAGUUGGUAGAAAUUGGAAAUUAAUCCGAUAUUGUGGAUGGUACACAAGAGAUUAUUGAUUAUAUGUGUUCAGUAUUUCGAUAACGUUUUUGUUAGCGAAUGCACGUAUAUGUUAUCACCGGAGUGUGUGCUUGCGUUUGGAGGUUAGGGUGUAUCGAAAGUCGGGCAUUUUCAGUUUCUCCUACAGUUUUUCCUUCAGUUUCUUUCCUCCCUACAAAUUUAGGUCCAUACGGCUAUGGAAGUGUGCUUCCAGUUUAAGUCUAUCAAAUCAUAUCCAGAUACCCUAGUUUCUUUCCACUGCCAGAAUUAGCACGGUGGUCGUUUUUGGACACCCUCAACCCCAGUGAAAGCAGUUCAACAAAUCUCGUAAGGCUAUACCCCGUGCUUUUGAACAGGGGAGGAUGGAACCAUGUGAUUGUUUAUAUGUUUUAUGUAUAUAUUUAUAUUUCUAAAACUUUAUCUGUAUUAUUUAUAGUAUCUCAAGCACCGGUGGGCGGUCCCACUGGAAACCCUUCAGGUAUUACAGUGCUCUGCUUAGAUCUGUUAGUCGUAUCUGCUUGUGCAUAUAUACGCUUAAGGUGGCUCCCUACAGUUAUAGUCCAGUUUAAAAUAUUUAUAUAGCUCAGACGUCAUCCUCGCGACUCGCGCGUGGAAUCUUCGUGGCCCGGUAAAAAUCUUGAAACAACUAAACAAGCCGCGGGAAGUUGUUUUUGUAUUUUUAUCUGCAAAGAAAACGCCAGUUUUUUUAUUAUAAUCCUAAACUUUUCAACAUUCGAACAGUACGUAUGUUGUUAGCUAGUUUUUACCUACAUUCAGUGUGUUUUUUUAUAUAUUUAAUACGUUCAGUACUGUAUUUCAUAAUGCUCACAAUGUUCAACAACAGUGUCCUGAAAUUAUAUUUUAUACUGUCUUGAAGGCACUCCUGAAUUGUCACUGAAACUUACGUAAAUCCUGUCAUUCAACUCAGUUCACAUGUAGUUUUUUAUCUGCUGAAUCCAAUAAAACUAUAAUGCAGCUGACAGUUACGAGUUGUUUUAUACGAAAAGUCAAACUCUACUUGAAAGUUUUCACACCGAUUUUCACAACAAAACUAAAUUUAAGAAACGUUCGAUUAAGUCAGUGCGUUAUUGUGUUGUCAAUGUUUCGUAUUUUGAAUAUAUAUAUCUUUUAUUUUCAUUUCAAAUAAGUAAAAAAUAUCUGUGUGAUACAUAUAAGCCAAAAACUCAAAGAGAAAAUUGCUAAAAAAGCCAACUAUUAUAAACCGUACGUGUUUCGUGUUCCUCACGCAAAUAGUGAUCAUGUCGAAUCGCUAUUUUGUUACGUCAACAGCUUCAACUGGAUUUAGGACUAUCGACUUCAAAACGAAGGCUACCUAAAAUACUUAAAAUUUUAGAAAACUGUAGGGAGCCACCUUAAGUGUUUAUGAUGAUAAUUUAUUUGACUCACAUGUUUUCUUCCCCCUUUUUCUAGUGCGUGUAAAAGUUGACAUAAUAAGUGAAGGAUGCAACGACCCUGGAAUAAGAGGUUGUGGUAUGGGAUCUAUCCGAAUUAAUGGCAUUGAACGGUCCUAUAGAAAACGUGGAUAUAAUUUUGUUGUCUUGGAUUUCUCAACUGGUAGGUCAUGCGCAUUUUGAGGAACGAGGGCAGGGGUUUACUUGGAUUGGGUGACUUCCCUGCGCCUGGAAACACAGUACUGUAAGUACAGUUUGGUUCGUAUCCUGUGCUUCGAGGAUUUUUCAGUCCAGGUUCUCUGGUUUUCCUCCCUCAUCAAAAACCCUUAGUGUAAAAGACGGUCAGCCAAAACCUGAAAAUGUGCAACGAAAUUUGUUUGAUGCCAUUUUCUGUUACAAGUUGUCAAUUGACAUUUUCUUAGAGUAUAGACAAUAAUGAACAAGAAUAUAUUAGAUCUUGGCAACUUUGAUUUUGGCUAUACAGGGUGUAUCAGAAAAAACUGAACAGAUUUGAAAUUGCUCUCAAUUUUGCGAAACACCUAUUUGUAUCCGGUUUUUUAUAUAUAUAGCUUCUUUGGGUACUUAUAAUGUAGAAUAAUGAAAAAAAUUUCUUGAACUCAAAUUUUGUGAACCAGGGGGGUGUGUCUUUUCCAACAAACUAAAAAUGGCUCGCGCACAAAAUUUAAAAGUUGUAAUCAUGUUUUGAGUUAAUAGAUGGAAAAUUUGUCGGGUUUUUAAUUACUGUACAAAAUUUCAGACAAUUUGAUUUAGUUUAAGCCCUUUAACUAUUCACGCAAAGUUACAUUUUUCCUAACUGAAAUCAGCUUUUCGCAUGCUUAAUUAAUGCAUUUGCCUAAUUUGCAUAUGUCAGCAAUAUGCAAAUUAGGUAAAGGCAUUAAUUAAGCAUGCGAAAAGCUGAUUUUUUAGAAUAAAAUAAAUAGUUAAAGGGCUUAAACUAAACCAAAUUGUCUGAAAUUUUGUACAGUAAUUAAAAACCCGACAAAGUUUCCAUCUAUGAACUCAAAAUAUGAUUACAUCUUUUAAAUUUUGUGCGCGAGCCAUUUUUAGUUUGUUGGAAAAGACACACCCCCCUGGUCCACAAAAUUUGAGUUUGAGAAAUUUCUUUCAUUAUUCUACAUUAUAAGUAUCCAAAGAAGCUAUAUAUAUAUAAAAAACCGGAUACAAAUAGGUGUUUUGCGAAAUUGAGAGCAAUUUCAAAUCUGUUCAGUUUUUUUUUAUACACCCUGUAUAUAUAUAGAACGUGUGGUUAGAGCUCGAUAACUGAGCUCUGUAGUGCCGCAGGUUCGAUUUCUGACUGAUUUCAAGUCUAUAGUUGCUUUCCUCAGCUGCUCCUGGUUAGAUGCAUCUACAGAAUACCCUUCAAGUCGGCUUCAACUGUGUUCGUAUUUCGCUACAAGUUUACAUUGAGAAUGAUUUUAAUUAAUAGAGGGUGGGGGGCGUAGUUUUUCAGUGCUUGUAGACUGGGGGCUGAAAAUACUGCAUGCACUCAAUCGCAUACGCCAAGGGAAGAAACGUAGAGGUAUGACUAGUCAUGUCGUUUAUAGAGGCCUCCAUAUUAACAAUCGUAUACAACAAACGUAUCUUCUAAAUGAUUGGCUUAUUCACACUCUAGACACUCCAACAAAGGAAGAAUUACCCGAAGUAAGAAAAUCUUACCAGGAGUUUCUUCAUUCAUUACGAAGUAACUCAAAAUCUCCCGAAGAAGAAGAACAGGGACUUCUGUUUGAGAAAGUAAAUGUUAGAAAGGACGCCACGAAGAAAGAUGAUUUGAAGGUUGAAGAUAUUUCUAGUGAGGAGGAACAGUAAGUGUCACCCAAUAAUUCCAUACUUUAUACUCUUAAAGGGAUAUAUGGCAAUAUAAAUUAAGUUUGUCGUAUUUGAAAGAACAUUUAAAAUUAUACCUAAACUUCCUUUACAAUUAUUCCGUAUCUUGCUUGGUUUUCGAAAUAAAUCGACUUAUUUUGAUCAAAAGCAGCGUUCAUUCCGCCAUCUUGGAUAUACAUUCGAUAUGCGUACGUCACAAGUAGGGUAAAAAGCGAACGUUUUAUCUUGCAAACCACAUGUCAUUAUCAAUAUGAAACUCGAUUUUCCGAAGUAUUUUCAGCUCUUACAGGUAAACUACGUGAAGCGUUCCUCUUUUGAGUUUCUAAAUUGAUUGCAAUUUUCCUCAUUACUUUUGCAAUUUAAAAAACUCCCUUGCAAAUCCCUUGAGGGAAUUUGCAAUGUUGCUAAAAGCCAAAAAAAUUUUCCUCAGUUCCUGUUAGAAGUUCUUAACUUCCUGUUACAAGUUCCUAACUUCCUGUUCUGUUCUGGGCGUUGCAAUUGGCUAACAAAAAUAAUCGACCAAUAACAACGCUCAGAACAGAACAGGAAGUUAGGAAAUUAAAACAGGAAGUUAGGAAAAUUUAAAAUGAAGUUUGGAAUAUUGUAAAUUCCCUCAAGGGAUUUGCAAAGAGUUUUUCAAAUUUGCAAAGUUAAUGAGGAAAAUUCCAAAUGAGUUACGAAGUCAAAAGAGGAACGCUUCACGUAGUUUACCUGUAAUUAACUCACAACAUUUUAAGAAACUGUUCGAAGAAAUUUAGUCCCACAUGAGGAAGUUUUAACAAGUUUACCAUGCUUGUGACGUCAUCAAAAACUCAGUUAAUUAGUCAAUGUGAUUAGAAGCGAACUUUCUCUAAGCCUCAUUUAAAUGUAAUAAUUUUCUUUUUAGUAACGACCAGAAGGCUUUUUUUAUAAUAAAUUUAAUAAAUUCUAACAACGUUUCGGAGUUUACUCCAUCAUCAGGUUACAUUUAUACGCACUAAUAACGGUCGCAUGCUUUAACGGGUUUUUUAGUGCGUAUAAAUGUAACCUGAUGAUGGAGUAAACUCCGAAACGUUGUUACAAUUUAUUAAAUUUGUUAUAAAAAAAGCCUUCUGGUCGUUACUAAAAAGAAAAUUAUUCAGUUAAUUAGGUCAAAUAUAAUACCAAGAUGGCGGGCUGCACACCUGUUUUUGUCAAAAUAUUUCGAAAACCAAGCAAGGUACGAAAAAGUUGUAAAGGGUCUUCAUAUAUAUAACUUUAAAAGUUAUUUCAAAUAAGACAAAGUUGAUUUUUAUUGCCAUAUCCCUUUAAGACUUAAGCUAUGUUUGAGGCAGUUUAGAAAGUAGUCGCAGGGAUAUUACGCGCAUGGCUGACGCUGUGUCGCUCCCGGACGGGGCAGGACUGAACCGUUUAAAAUUCUUUUUCAAUUUGAAAGGACUCAGCCUUUUGCAUUUUGAAAGUCUCGUAUCAAAUGAUGCAAAGUGUAUUUCUGCCUUAUAAUCAGGAUUUGUAGAUGGAAAUUUCGAGCGGCAUUUUUACACAUUUAUUAGCAGCUCACUUGGUUAGAGCACUGCACCGGAAUCGCAACGCCACAGGUUCGAUUCCUGCCAGAGGGUCGAUAGUGGCAUUUUUCGCAACUGCUCCUGGUUAACAAUUAUUUCUGUCUUUGGAUCUUUGAAUACAGCUAAUUCAAAAAAGGUUGUCUUUCAAUAACCUUAAACAUUGAGCGCGCAAGGCAUGAUGGGUAACUUCAUAUUUAGAGAAGCUGAAACUCGGGAAAUUUGCUUCGCAACAAUGCUAAGACAUAUGUAAUCAACUCUUUCGAUGCAGGGCUAUUUCGUUCACUAUGUUUGUCCAAGGCUCUAUCUAAAUAAGCAAUACCCAUCAUACUUUGCGCGCUCAAUGUUUAAGGUUUAAGACUUUGUGAAGGACAACCUUUAUCGAAUUAACUCUAUAUAAAAUCCCAAAAUCUUUUUCUAAAGGUUUUGAACAAUUCUAAAUUACAUCUUGUUACGAGCAACCCAGAGAAACUUACAGUACUUGGCAGUGGUUUUUAAGUUCCUUCUGCCAACCAGGCCUGCGUUGCCUUCCACACCUUUUCAGUGUUGUUAAUUUGGUCGUUUUAUUUUCAGAUCGUUUUACCAGACAGCUGAAUUGAUGGAUGUUUCACCAAUAGCUCUAAAUACUGGAAGAUAUGACACAGACUCCAAGGUAAAUUAAAACAAUCUAUUUAUGGUAUAGCCUGUGUGGCCAACGCUCGGCCUCGUUGAAACGGAAAAUGUGAACGAAGAUAGAGCCUACCAGAAAACACGAGAUGUAGGAAAAACCCCGGGCCUAAAGAAAUCUUUUCCCUUUUAAAUGUAUCAAUGAAGAAGAAGAAAUGUACUGUAAUACUAUAUUCGCUGGUGCGUGAACAUGUCAAUUAAUUCACGUUGUUGACCACUCAAAUUCUACGUUCAAGAAUUGAACGGCGUUUAGUCAGGAAAGCUAAGUUUUCCAGCAGGCCCUCAUUCUCCAUUUCCGUUCUAAUGUCAGACUAUUGUACUUGGAGGUUGGUGCCGUUCGAGGUAUUGAGAUUUAAGAUUUUUAAAAUCAUCAAUUUCCAAAAUAGCAGUAACAACUGAAUUGCUUUACAAUUGCGUAGUAGGAGAAUAAAAGAUUAAGUAUAUGCUAUAUAUUUACAAGUAACACUAUAAUUAUGUAAUUAGAUAAAACAUACUACAACAACUGAGAGUUUAAUUAUUGUUAUAAACACGAGCAGUUGUGAUUUUUUAUGAGUGGUUCUAGAAAAAUAUAUAUAAUAGAUGAUUCCAGCUAUAUAGACGAAAUUUUGAUCUAGACAAGAAGAACGAAAUCCUUUACCAUAGCUGGAAAGAGCAUCUUAAAAUGAGUAAAAUUGCAAAGUUUGGUUGCGAAAUAUUGUAAAAUGAGGAAAAUAUAGCCCUGUGAAGUUCGCAAAUUUUAUACACAUUUGCAUUAUUCGCGGGAAAAAUAACCAUUUUUGAGCCCGAAUUGGUUAUUUUUACCGCGCGUAAUACAAAUAUAUACAAAAUUUGCGAACUUCACAGGGCUAUAUUUUCGUCAUUUUACAACAUUUCGCAACCAAACUUUACAGCUUUACUCAUUCUAAGAUGCUCGUUCGAGCUGUGGUGUUGGAUUUCGUUCUUCUUGCCUAGAUCAAAGUUAGUCUAUAGCUGGAAUCACCCAUUAUGAAGGCUUACCAAGAUAUUAUACAAAAUAUCCAAGAACUUCUCAGAAGCAAUAAGGAGAAAAUUGCAGUCAAAAUUUCCAAUAAAACAUUGUCAAUAAUUGGUCACAGUUGUAAUCACGGGCGUUCGAUUUUAUACCAAAUUGAACCAUGCUGUACUCAAUUAAUUAUUAAAAAUUUCGUGGUUAAUCUAAAAUUAACACUGUUUGGGCUACCUCAAUGCUCCUGGUUAAAUGUCCUGGUUAAUUUAACCACAGUCCUGGUUAAUUUAAACGGGAUUUCUGGUUUAAUCAGGCUAUCAGGUUGGAAUUGACCAGAUUAUGUUAGGUGGAUUAUUAACCUCUUGGUUAAUAGUCGCCCUAAUAUAAUCUGGUUAAUUCAAAUAUAUAGCCUAGUUAAAUUAGCCACGACUAUGAUCAAAUUAACCAGGACUACAUGUAAUUAAAUUAACCAUGAAAUUUAGCCAAGAACAUUAGGUUACCCCAAACAGUGUUCAUUUUAGAUUAACCAGGAAAUUUUUAACCAGGGACGGAUGGGGUGUUUUAGUAUGUACUAAGUAGGAAGAUACAGCAAAGGUUACUCUACACUUGUACCUGUAAUUUAUAGCGGUCUAAAAUCGUAUCACCAAGUACGUUUGUCUAAAUUAUCGUUUUUCCAUACAGCGUUUACGCACGUGCUCUCUACCCGACCUUCGUUUAUUAUUUGAAACUGUUACUGAAGACGAGUGUGUGAAACUGUCUACGGGAGAAGGCGAGGGAGGCUUGGUAGAUUGUGAUAAUAUAAAACCAUCAUCAUUGGUGAAUUGUGAAGAUGAUGAUGAUCCUGGGCAAGAAGUUGACAUUGACAUUGCAUGCGAGGAAAGGUAAGUGUGAAAAUAGGUUUAUGUUGGUAUAUAUGGCGCAAGGUUGGGUACGGUAAAUUAAUCAAUAUCCAGCUCCUCUUUGCAGCAUUUCUGUCGUCGUAAUAUUACAUCGAGUACUCUCACUUCUAGCCUAGACUAUUUAUGUUAGCAACUAGCAACAAUUGUUUUAUAACUCUCCUUACGAGCCUACCUCCUGAACCUUGCGUGUGGGACUGUAGGAAAUCUGAGUUGCUGGAGAAAACCCACGGCACAGCUUUCACUGACUUUUCCCAUACUAGUCUUUUGAGCUCGUAGCUACGGUCGAAAUUCUCCCAGUCGCGGUUGUUGGACCUCCACAGGAAUUGUGUUAUCUCGUUAAAGUUCUGUGAUUUUUCCUCAGCUACUUUGUAGACUUAACCUUACUCUAACCUUCCAGUUAGCGUUUGGCAACUGCAUACGCUCUGUACGGGGCCACAGGUUCAAUUUCUGCCCGAAGGCCUAUGAUUGCAUUUUUCGCAGUUCCUCCCGGUCAGGUCUAAAAUAUGCAUGUAUAUAUAACUUGUUCUCUCGAAAUUUCCAUCCACAAAAAUCUUUUUCUCGUAUUUACUUUGCAGUGAUGAAGAAAGUCAAGAUUAUAUCAGUAUGUUGGCUUCAAUGGAAGAUGUUCUAGUCAGUGAUGGUGAGUUUUAUUUCUUGGCAAAAAUUCUGCAGGUCCUGUUUUUUUUUUCAGAGGAGGUUGGACAGCUAAUUAGGCGAAUCUGGGCGAAUCUCUCGACCAAUCAGAUUGCGCCAUUUUCCUCAUGCUCGCAUGAAGCUUUUGGCAUCGAAAAUUUACAUAGGGCUCAUAAAUAUCGACUUUUUUCAUAUUGUUAUGCACAUUUUUUUGGAAAUUUCACGCGAUACUACUUUUACAACAGUGAAUCUACCCAUUGGGACGGUAUCUUGAAAGGUAAGCGUUAUUUUCCAGUUUAUUUUGACCUCUCACUUUAGGCGCUAUGCCGUCGCGAUGUAAUUUAAUGGCGUUUCUGUCAACAAUCUUUGAAGACAAAAAUCUCAAAUUUCCACGGUUCGAUUUCGCUAUUUUUUUCACGAUUAGUUAAACAAAAGUAUAAUCUUUAAUUCUAUCCGGAUUCUACUUUUGUCAAUGAUUUUGUCAGCAAGAAUUAAGCAUCAUCAUUAAAUUUGGAGGUAAAAUCGGUCCUUCCAAUCUGUACAGACCUUCUACAUCUGCAAUAUCUCCGAUGCUAUGAUUGUCUCUCCAUCGAGUGACCAAAACCUUGUUCACCUUUCUGGUUAUGUUAUUGGUAUGACUUCUGGAUUUUCAAAACUAACCCAGCGACAACCAGAAUAACUACUCAUCCAUGCACCUGUUUCAAAAAUGGCUGGUAAAAGUUAACCCUGGUUUAGAUGCUAAAUUUGUCCCUCAAAAUUUUCUCCCACUUGUUGCCAAGGCUAUGUCUGUACUUCAUGCUGGUCAAAAAAACAACCGAUUUAUCACACUGCUCGAUGCUUUGGAGAACAACACCAUGGAGAUGUUGGUCUGAUGCCAUUGGAUAGAAUGCCCUUUAUAGGAGUGAAGGCCCACUUGGCCUUUUUUUAACAGUAUUUUGUAAUGAUGUUACACAACUAAUUCAGAUAAAGUUUGAGAAAUGGUGGUUCUUUCAAUGUUAAGCCCCAGAGAGGGGGUGGGGUCGGCAUAUGUGUGGGGCAUUUGAUUUUUUGAGCAAAUUUUCAAUCAAAUGCCCCACUGUUAGGUAAUAGAUAUUGGUCAAACACCCCACCAUUUUGCAAUAAAUUGCAAUAAAUACUAUAUUAAUAAAAGUCAGUUUGGUUCAAAUUGCCCUAACUCAGGCCCAAAAUGCUAAUCAAAAUCCCCAGAGUGGGGAUGCAAUUGAUGAUCAAAUACCCCACAUAUGCCCACCCCCUCUGGGGCUUGACAUUGAUAGGUGCAAUUAUAUGCAGGUUUUUUUGUAUUCUCAUGUAAUGUACCACAAAGUAUCAGCAGCAUGUUAUUGUGGGACCUUUGAUCAAUAUGUAUAUAAAUAGACAUAUUUUUGUUUUAUUGUUGCAUUAAUUUUAAUGAAAAAUAAAAAUUACUCACAAAGUUGGUCAAGUGAAUGUACAAACUAUUUAUUUCUUCAUUUAGUACAGCACAUGUUACAAUUAUGUACUUGUCUUAAUUGCAUGAGUGUGCAUGACAGACUUUUUUAUUUUAAUUGUGCACACCCACUUAUGAUUAACCUAGUUUUUGUUUAUGAAAAUCUAAAAAGUUACCUAAUUGAAAUAAGAUCAUUUCUAUAACUUGCUAAACCUAGUCAGUUACAGUUAUAUCACAAACAUCUGUCAACGUACACUCGUGCUCUUCCUUACCACUUGAGUCUCCCACUCACAUCGCUUUAUGAAAAUUUUUUGAUAAAAUCCUAUUUUAAAAAAGUCAACCCUAUACUUGAUAUGCUGAACAUAGACCUCUAAGAUAUCUCCUGUGACAAUUAGUCGGUGCAAAUACUCGCAUAGUUGAGAAGCAAGAUAACCAAUGUGUGUCCAUCCAGUUCCAUAGUCUACAUCAAUUGCAAUUGCACUUGGGUCCAUUGGAUUCUCUGGCCGUAUUCUUACAUUCACUGGUUUAUCUUGUCCAUGAAGGACAAGGUAUGCUGUUGAUGUUGGUAAUUUUUCUCAUGAGCAGCACCGAUGCACUUGAAUGGUACAGUAUGGGUGAUUUCGUCCUCGUCACUUUCAUCCUCAUCACUUAACUGGUCACAACUUUCUGCCAUAUCACCUUCAUUACCAUAUCCAUGCUGACCAGGUUCAAGACCAGCCAACCACUCAAGUAGAUCUCUUUCUACAAAAUCAUAACCAGAAAAUUUUUAUUUUAUUAUUUUGUACAUAAACUGUAAUCUCUAAAAUUAGAAAUCUAAUGCAAAAGUGUGUCACUUUUUACAGUAAUAUUUAUAGAACAACACACAAAUAUGGCAAUAUUUUACAGAUGAAAAUUGAAAAAUAUCACUAUUGUAUGCACAUAUAUGUAAAAAUCUAUCUACAACUAGAUACAAACAGGCAUCAUACUUCAGCAAAAAUUUAUUAAACAAUUUGUUUAACUCAAAGCAUGUACAUAUGUAUCACAGUGACACAGUACACAGACACACACAAUAGAGUCAAACUAGAGCCAUUUAUAAACACAAAUAUUACGCCAUAUUAAUUUUGUACAGUGUAUUUAUAAAAUUACAGUACAAGGUUAAAAACAACAAAGCGGAUAAUAAUUUGACUAAAUAACAAGGUAACUGUAAUGCAUUGUAGUAUACCAACCUUCAAUAUUGCGCUUGUUUUCACGUUGAUGAUACACGGAGAUUUAACGUCAUCCAAGUUAGAAAGAAGAGCCUCGCUAUUGGGAAUAUAAACACAAUUCCUUCGCUCAGACGCAUUAUUUAUUAAGCUAAAAUGACAACAUGUCCCAUGCAAAUAUUCAAAAAAGGUAAACUUGGUAUAGUAAAACACAAGUCAUAAUGAUGAUCGCAACAAUACAGCAAUAACAUGCUGUUUCUUUUCACAAAAUAUCGCAGCCUGACACUCUUGUCGUUCGAAAGCUUCCAUAUUGGUUUAGUCAGAGAGAUGUUCACUCCUCGACAGUCAACAGUCAGUGAAGUCACGCGCGGAAUUAGGCGCUCAAUACCCAUGAUGCUUUGCGGCCUGCUGUCCAACCUCCUCUGGGUUUUUUUUGGUUUUUUAUCUCACCUUCUUCGUCUUGAACGAAUGUUUCGUCUUUACUCUAAGAUAUCUUUAUCCUAAACUUAAGACAUGUACUGUUUUUAUGUUUUGCUGUUUUGUUCAAUUUAAAUAGUAAAUAGUAAAAUGGGUAAUAAGGAUAUAAUAAUGUGUAUUUAGUGAUGAUAUUUUGAAACUGAUGAUUGAUGUCGUAACAUAGCCUAUAUAAUAUAUGUUUUUAAGCUCGUUCACCAUCGCCAAUCAAAACAGUUCGGAAUCUGGACACUACUUGCACAAGUGAUGGUAUGUUAUAAGAAAUAUCGUUGUGCAGUAUAGGAGAUAGAAUUUUGAAUAAACAGUUACGCUGUUUUUGUUUUAGAUGACUCCGAUUCGAAUGAUGAUUCUGACAGUCAGUCAUCAACCCCAUUACCUUUAAAUGAAGAUUGGGAUUCAGGUAUGCGGUUCACAACAAGUAAUGUUAACAGUUGCUGGUAAAAACAUUAUCUGUGCUCACGUGAAACCUUCAGGUUUGCGGAUUGAGAGCGAUUCAACUACAGUCGAACCUCUAUUAAGCGGCCUUCCAUUGAGCGGCCACUCUCUAUUAAACGGCCACAUAUCGAAGUCCCGAAAUUUUUGUAAUACAAAUACUAUAAACUAUCUCUCUAUUAAACGACGACCUCUAUUAAGCGGCCGCGGCCACCCAAAGAGCGGUCCCAAAUGAUGUUUUAUGUCAAUCUUAACCUCUAUUAAGCGGUCAGUCUGCAGGAUUUACUUGGCGCAACACCUUGUCAAGAGAGCCGCAAAUAAAAGUCGAGCUAAUUUGCUUUAUUUGUAAAAUAAUGCAUAAAAAUUAUGUUUUAACACAUGCCACUUUACAUCUCAAAAGCAUUGUCUGUAGUAUUCUGUGAUUUAUAAUUAAAAAUAGACAUUUGACUACGCCCAGGGUCUAUUAUUUGCGUAUACCUCUAUUUAGCGGCCACCUCUAUUAAGCGGCCACAAAGCCGAUCCCCGAGGGUGGCCGCUAAAUAGAGGUUCGACUGUACCUGAAAAAUACAAGCAAAACGUCACGUUUCGAGCGAACUUCGUCGGGAAGUUAGUAGCUGUACCUUCCCGAUGAAGGAUCUUCCCCCGAAACGUCGACGUUUUGCUUGUAUUUUUCAAGUAGUUGAACCCCUCUCAAUACGGCCUUUUGGUGUUAUUGUCACUACGCUGGCACAGACCGUUCAACGUUCAGGUUUGUCUAUCAUUUGACAGAUUGAAACGCCAAUGUUGAUUGGCUAAGCUUCUUUGUAAUUGAAAACUUUAGAUGCUCGUUACAAACAUGGUAGUAACAAGUGUCGCGUUAGCGUGUAGACGAUGUUUUCUAUGAGAAUAGAAAAUUAAGGUCUCUAUAAUUUGAAUGAACAGUCUGGAAUAACGGUCUGGAAAACAACACAAUCUGUUGCACUGCUGAGAAAUCAUGUACAAAGAAUGACCGUAUCUUGAUUCUUGAUAACCGAAACACUGUCCUUACCAUCUUUAGAUUAGAAAUGUCCGUACCAGAACUUCAGGUGACUUUCAGUGUGUCUAUAGUCUGAGUUAACGGCGCGAGUGUACUAAUUCCUCUGAGCUAUUGACACCUGGGUAUUUGAGAACAUAGCGAAGUGCAAAGCUGUCCUCCAUUAUGUGAUGGGCGGUUUUCGACGUUAUACGCAUGCGCGUGUGCAAGCUCGCGCUAAAUUAAUUUGCUUUUCAUUUUGCAACGAUGUAUAUUUGCAAUCCUACAAAGAAGUUAUGUAUUUUGCUGUUUUACAAUAUAUUUUUGCGAUGUAUUUCGCAUUUAACUGGAAACAAACCUGCAGUUUUCAUGAAUUAGUGGCUGUCAAUCGUGAAACAAAGUGUGAAAGGCAUAAACACGAAUUUUGUCGAAAGACGAACCAGAUGUUUUUAAUAAAUUUAAUCGUUGUCUUGGCUAUAUGCUUGGGUAAGUGCUAAUACUAAACAUUUCAGCGUUAAAAUUCCAUACGGUACUUGUGUUUUCGAGUACAUUCAUAUCUGCGAAAUUUUUAAGCCAUUCUUAAUUCAACAAAUAACAUGUUUUUAAUUUUUAUGCAUGUAAUCUGGUAUUUACAUGAAAUUGUGGUAAUUAUUAUUGUUCCUUUGGGACAAUUUUUAAUAGCCUAUAGCGCAUCGUGUUUUUUUAUGUGAGUUUGUACUGGUCUUUUACCUACAGUAAAUGUGGCUUGACCAAAGUAUAACUCAAAAAUUAGCUUUUGCCUAUGAAGCAAAUAUAUUUCGAGCAAACUACUGUCGGCAAAACGACUUUUUCAGUUUCCCCUGCAGCUUCACGGCUAUAAUAAAGCUUUCGAAACAUUUUAUCGUUUUAUUUUACAUUAAAUUUUAGGCUAUUGAAAGCCAUGCACAAAACAUAAAACUGUACAAUCCAGAUUUUGAAAAUCAAUGAUUCUUUGGUUAUGAAAAAUUAUCUCUUAUUAUUUUCCCAUGUUUUCACGUUACCAUGGCAACUACUAUUAUUUUAAACAUGGAAUACUUCAUGUAAAAUAUUUAUACUUCAUCUGUUAAGAAAGGCGAGGGGUUGCUGCACGCAUGUAUUUCUAGUAGUAGAUACAUAAUCCAGUAGUAGAUAAAUCGGCUGCAUGAGUGAAUAAGGGGAAAUCAUUUGAGAGUAUCUUCAGUUCCAUGAAGUGACAAUUUCUGCAUGCACUCCUCAAUCAUUUAAUCGUCUCUUUCGUAAAGGUGACAGCGAUGAUGAAGAGUCACAUAAUGAAAGCAAACAAGAAGAUAAAGACAGUGUAUUUGCACGUUUAGAAGAAUCAAGAAAAAUGUUGGAAGAUGAAUUGGGUUUCAGUCGCUUUAUGAAAGUUUAUAAAUAUAUUCAGGUAAUAAAAAAAUAGAGACUCAUUGUCAGACCAGCAGCAACAAUGUUCGGAUGAAGAUCUCAUCAUUUAGC